CUCGAGCCCAGAGCACCUUGUAACAGUACGCUGGGUACGAGAUUGAAUAGGCCAAGAUGGCUGCGCCCUUGUGGAUUGGAAGUCGGUGUGCGCCCGUCAUCAGUACGUUUGUUUCCUCUUCCAGACACACCCGAGCCUGUCUCGAUCAGUGCAGCAGACGGUUUAUCAGCAGGAAAAAUCGUCCCAAGACUUUAGUUGCACCAGUUGGCCCAGUUAAGCCCAAUGUCCAGUUCCCGGAGCCGGUCCAAGAGGGUGAGAUAAAGUACCAGGAGGAGUACCCGUGGCACGAGAAAACGUCGCCCAUCUCGCAGCAGCUGUACUACUCAGAAGAGCCCCCGCCCUCCCAGGGGAUCGAUAUAGGACUGCCCGUACGUACUGUAGGGGCGAAGAAGUUCAGACAGCUGAAGAGGAAGGUGACCAAUGAGAACACAGCCAAUGCCGAGUUAGAGAGAGCAGCUCGUCUUCGGACAUUAAAAGUUCCCGUGGAAGAGAUAAAAAAGGAAUGGGAGGCCACGUUUGCACACGAACAGUUGAAAGACGUGGCCACACAUUACAAUAUCUGGAAGGACUUGUUUGAGGGGGCGUAUUUCCACCCUGUUAUGGUAACCAAUGUGUACUACGACUCUGAUGAUGACCAUGUGGUUCCUGUGUACCGGGGAAAUGUGGUCACUCCUACAGAGGCCUGCAGACCUCCAGUCGUAGAAUAUGAAAGUGACGAGGACAGUUUGUGGACUCUAAUCCUGACAAAUCCAGAUGGACAUCUGCAAGAUAAUGAAGCCGAGUAUCUCCACUGGUUUGUAGGUAACAUCCCAGGGAGUGACAUCAGCAAGGGAGAGACAGUGUGCGAGUAUUUCCCACCGUUCCCUCCACAAGGCACCGGGUACCACAGAUUUGUGUUCCUUCUCUUCAAACAAGAAGGGCCGCUGGACUACAGCACAGAGAGGAGACCAUCACCUUGUCACAGCUUGAGAAGAAGAACGUUCCGCACGUUUGAGUUUUACCGGGAACGCCAGGACCAGCUGACGCCGGCAGGACUGAACUUCUUCCAGUGUCCGUGGGACCCGUCUGUCAGGGAAACCUUCCGCAGUGUUCUAAAAAUGCCUGAGCCGAUUUUCGAAUACGAUUUCCCGAAGCCGUUCAUCGCGCCCCAGGUGAUGAUCCCCCACAGGAGAGCUGUACAGUACCUGGACAAAUACUUACCUAAGGAGCCUGUACUAAAGGGGUACUGAUUCCCACAGAGUUUAAGGUAGAUCUACGACUGUUUAACCAACUGUGAGGGUGAUGAUCCCCCACAGAAGAGCUGUGCAGUACCUGGACAAAUACUUACCCCUGUACUGAAGGGGUACUGAUGUAGGUCUCCCCAUAGCUCAGACAAACGCCAUAUCAACCAGUGACAAUCCUCUGUGCUGUAGUGUUAAUGGUUGUGCAUGGACUAGUGUAAUCCCAUGGUUUCCUUUGUACAGUGUGCUUACUGAUACGAGGCAGGGAAGUUUUCUUGUCAGAAUGUAGGUUGUUGAGGACGUAUGACACAGUCUAGCCAGCAUCUGUCCUUUGACAGAAUUUUGCUGCUGGGGAUGGACAAAUAUUUUGCCCAUUCUUCCUCUGUGACAAACAAAAAUCGGCAUAUCAAAAUAUUAAUUAACCCAAGUUGAGACUACCAGCAAAAUUAGCCCCUCACCAUAAAAGAAAUAGCAGUUCAGAGGGUCUAGGUUUCAAAAUUUUUACAGGGAGCACACCCCCAGACCCCCCUAAGAUUGUUUGACAGGAUUUCUAUUCAGAAUACAGGGGAUGGAAAAAUAUUUCAGGCUGGCUAGAUCACUGGGUUCCAAUUCCUACGGAGCUAAAUGUAGGUCUCCCCAUAGCCUAGACAUGAGCCAUAACCAACCAGUGACAACCCUCUGUAGUGUUAAUGGUUGUUCAUGGACUAGUGUAAUUCCAUAUUUCUGUUCCAUCGUACAGUGUGCAUACUGGUACGAGGCAGGGAAGUUUUCUUGUCAGAAUGUAGAUUGUUCAGGACGUAUGAUGUGGGUUGACAAAGAUUGAUCUACUAUGAUGUGGGUUGACAAAGAUUGAUCUACGACUGUAUAACCAACUGUGAGGGUCCAUUGUGAAGUUUGACAAGGGACUGGAAUUGGAAUGUACAGUAUAGAAUGUUACAUGUAGUAUCCUCUCUUUCUGAGGUCCAAAUGGGGCACUCUUUUAUGCCUUGAUCCCCAGAGCUAAAUGUAGAUGUACAACUGUAUUACACAUGUACCAGCUUUGAGGGCCCAUUGUCAAGUUUGACAAGAGACUGGAAUCGGAUAAGAAUGUACAAGGGUGUUACGGGCAGUAACUUGUCUUUCCAAGGGCUAAAUGGGGCACUCUUUUAUGCCUUGAUUCCCACAGAGCUAAAUGUGGGUCUACAAACUGUGAAGUUUGAAAAGGGUCUGGAAUUUCUUGAGAUCGUCAGAAAAGAAUGUUCAGAAGUAUUACAUGUGGUAGCUUCUCCUUGCAAGGUCCAGAUGGGGCAUUCUACAACAUGUAUGCCUGUCACACAUUGGGAAAAUCUAUCAGAAAGAAAAUCUGACAGCAGACAAGUCUGUAUGUUGUAUGUUGGUACACAAUAACUUGUAAAAUAAAGAUAUUUCAUUGA